AGUCAUGCAAUCGUUGUGCAAUGCAACAGAUGAAGAAAAUUUUCAUUUUCUUUCAACUUCAAGCUGUGGAAAAACUUUAAAGUUUUAUUUUGUGGGCAUAAAAUUUUGAAAGUUUUUGAAAUUAAUAAUUCAUACUACUAAUUGUUAGAAAAAGCUGAAGAUCAAGGUAGAUUUCAAAUAUGGCCCCACCAAAGUGUGCCCCAUGCGUCCCCCUGAGCGAUAAACCGGCCGACUCCUCCCUUCGCGAUGCUGCCCUUGCGUCCACCAUGUUGUCGCCGUAUGGCGUAGCGCUGAAGAAAAAGGACGAGGAAGACGGACUUUUCAUCCAUACGGACUGCUACCUGUUUGCGGGUGACCCUGACCAGAAAUGGCAAACGUUGAUAGGAAAAUAUUGGAUGCCGUCGAGCUUUGUCACUUUGGGAAUAGGAAACAUGGUGCUUACCAGAUGGUUAUCCAAUGUUCCCAUUCGGGCGAAAGGGUCGAUUUGGAAGAUGCCCUUGGUCGCAGUUGUUGGCUGGGUUGGUGGCCUGAAAUGUAGGGAUUACCUCAGAGACUAUACGGCCGAGAGGGAUGCUCAUAUGCUGCAUUAUUGCAGACUCCAUCCGAAAGAUUUCCCACGGGAGAAACGUGUCCAGUACAAGGAUUAUUUGACCUACUGGUUCCCAAUUCGUUGAAAGUCGACUACUUUCUCCGCUUAUUUUUAUAUUGAUUAUUUACGAACUACAAAUCUAAAUAUAUAUCAACAUGCAUUUAAAUUUGUAAUUAAUUCUACGGGCAAAAAUAAAUUUCAAAACUUACACGUUUCAGUUUAAUAGUU